AUGGAAGAGCCAUUUCUUCAGAGAGACGAGGAGUUAGUCCCCGGUACAAAGACAUGGCAAAGAAGUCAGCUCACCAUCGAGCAGAAGAAAGUGAGUCGCUUGGCCGCUCCUAUGGCCACCGUGACCAUUGCUCAAUACCUUUUGCCUAUCAUUUCAGUCAUUCUUGCCGGCCACAACGGCGAGCUCCAGCUCUCCGGCGUUGCUCUUGCCACCUCCUUCACUAACGUCUCCGGCUUCAGCAUUACGGUAAUUGUGAUAGACUCUCUCUCCUUUUCAAUUCAAAAAUCCUUUUGA